AUGAAGCAUAUGCUUGCAGCAGCCUUUCGUGCCUUUUCUAAAGUCCCUAGAAAGCCCAUUCCAAGAGGGCUGGCUGCGCAGUGUGACUGGUCAAAUGAGGUGGCAUUUGAGAUAAAAGAAUGCAAGCUUCAUCGUUUGGAAGAGGGCCCUCCUAUAGCAGCGGUGCUCACGAGGAACGAUGGAUUCAGAUACUACAGGAUGAUGCAGACUAUUCGCUGAAUGCAAAUGAAAGCAGAUCAGCUGUACAAGCAAAAAUGUAUGCGUGGAUUCUGUCACUUGUAUGAUGACCAGGAAGCUUGUUGCGUGGGUUUGGAAGCUGGGAUCCUGCCCAUGGAUCACAUCAUCACAUCGUACAGAAGUCAUGGAUUUUGCUAUACUUGAGGAAUCCCUGUGGAAAAUAUUCCUGCAGAGCUGCCAGGACGAAGAGGAAGCUGUGCUAAAGGCAAAGAAGGAUCCACGCAAAUGUAUGUCAAAAACUUUUAUAGAGGAAAUGGCAUUGUCGGUGCUCAGGUGCCCCUGGGUGCUGGCAUUGUGCUGGCUUGUAAAUACACAGGAAACACUGCUAUAUGCUUGAUCUAUGGAGAUGGCGCUGCUAAUCAGGGACAGAUAUUUGAAGCCUAUACUAUAUAAUCUUUGUGGAAGCUACCCUGCAUUUUUAUUUGUGAGAAUAACCAAUAUAGCAUGGGGAUAUCUAUUGAGAGCGCAGCAGCCAGCACUGAUUACAAGAGAGGAAAUUUUAUCCCUGGACUAAGGGUGGAUGAAAGGGAUAUAUUAUGUGUGUGGUAAGCCACUAAGUUUGCAACUGACUACUGUAGACCUGGAAAUGAACCCUUAGUGAUGGAACUGAAAACAUACCGGUAUCAUGGCCACAAUAUGAGUGAUCCUGGAACCUGCUGCACUUCCAGAGAGGAAAUGCAGGAUGUAAGACUGAAGAGUGACUCAAUCAUGCUUCUCAAACAUAGAAUGAUAAACAACCACCUGGUGAGUACUGAAGAAUUGAAGGCUAUUGAUAGUGAAGUGAAGAAAGAAGUUGAAAAUGCAACCCAGUUUGCUAUAAAUGAUCCCGAACCAACUUUACAUGAAUUAGCUCAUCACAUAUAUAGUGGUGACUUCUUGGGAGUCACUCCUGCUAGUAUUUAG